CGCAGACUGCGCCGCAGUCGCUCUCUGUGCCGCGUGUGUAGGACACAGUACGAGCCCUGCCAGUUAGCUUGUUGUUCCGACACAGAAAAAUGUUUGAAUUUCAUACAGGACCGUAAAGUGUAGCAUGCUGAUCUAACAGACUACUGCCGCCAUACAGCGAGUUCAGCCCGAGAGCGCACAGACUCUGGAAACCCAAUGAAUAACGAUGUAAAGACUUAAUACUGUUAACCAUGUGGAGAAGGUCGCUGAGUACAAGCUACUACAGAUGUUUUGGGUGCAGGAGUUGUGGACCAAAGAUAGAAAGUCUUGAGCAGGAGAGAUUAACAGAGUUUCUCAGCCGAGAACAAACAGAGCAGAUAUGGAAGCUCUGCACCACACGUCUCUCCAGGAUGCCCGUGCAGUACGUGAUUGAAGAGUGGGACUUCAGGGACCUGACGCUGAAGAUGAGGCCUCCUGUGUUCAUACCACGACCUGAAACGGAGGAGUUGGUCGAGCUGGUGCUCAAUGAUCUGCAGAUGAAGACUGAGAUGGGAGUGCCUGCUGAGACGGAGCCUACGUGCCUGGAAGUGGGAUGUGGGUCUGGUGCCAUUUCUCUUAGCCUGCUGAAGAGUCUGCCUCAGCUUAAAGGCGUCGCCCUGGAUCAGAGCCAGGAUGCAGUGGAUUUAACAAGAGAGAACGCACUAAGAUUGGGACUUGAGGAUAGAUUAGAGAUUCAUCACAUCGAUGUCAUGAAGGAUGCAGAAACUCUACUCAGUCUCAUUAGGCCAGUUACAACUUUGGUCAGUAACCCUCCGUACCUGUUUUCAGAAGACAUGGCGUCCCUUGAACCUGAAAUUUUAAGAUUUGAAGACCCGGCUGCUUUAGACGGAGGCAAAGACGGCCUGAAAGUGAUCAAGCAGAUUUUGACCCUGGCUCCCCAGAUUCUGUCCAGUUAUGGUCGUGCUUACUUGGAGGUGGACCCCAGACACCCCCCACUCAUUCGACAGUGGGUGGAGGGGAACGUGGACGGGCUGCAGUUUAAGGAGGCACGGCAUGACAUCACCGGCAGGCCUCGAUUCUGCAUCCUUCAGAAGGAAGAAGUCAAACAAGGACCACAAGCAGGAUCUGGACUGAGAAAUUAAGAUCCUAUUACGCUGGCUUUAGCUCAGGUCGCCGCUGCCUCAGCUCCCCUACCCCCACUGAACCACCAAGCACGCGCUCACACUGAUCUGAUAACACCCAGCAUUCAUAAUUUGCACAAGCGCACAUUGUUUUCAUGUCACCGCUGCACUUUUAAUCUAGUAACAGUCGUGAUCACAUCCUGCGUCACAAUAAAAAAUGUGUGCAAGAUGGCACAAAAAAAACGCAGGCUCCAAAGCUGAAGGUAAUUACCGAAGCUUUUCUCGGAACCCUCCCUCUCAGAAGCUCACCCUCCUCCCAGGAAGCAUUCAGUAGUUCUGUGAAUCCGCUGACGAACGGUCCUCCCCUCAGCUUGUCCUCUCGCUGACUCAGAUGCAAGCGGCGUGCAUUGUUGAGCAAAAGCUCACGCAGCACGGCCUUUACUUCCUCACACAAUCUGCUUCUCUCGCAUACUUAGAGUUUAAAGGCCACUAAGUCUUUGUGUUUCAAAGGUGAUUUAAGGGAAAAUAUUUCCUAACAAGUGUCAC